CCUCGGCCCGCGCGAUGGCGAGAUGACGCUGGCCGCGGAAUGAGCCUGAGCUUCCGGACGAGGGGGCCCGGUCCCCCGGCCCCCGGCGCCGUCCCUUGGCGCGGGGCUGGCGGGGCUAGCCGGCCGCGGAGAUGGACUGCCGCCGUGGUCCUGGCGGUCGUCGGCGUGCUGCUGCUGGUCAACGCGGUGGCCGGCGAGACCAACAAAAAAUACAACAUGGAGACGCUGUGCAAGGACUACUUCCGGCAGCAGCAGCUCCGCAAGAUCGACGGCGCGGAGCUGCGCUCGCAGAACGAGCGCAACCUCAACUGCAUCGUCACCUUCCAGACGCACUCCAUCCUGCAGUCCUUCAUGCUGCGCUUCGACGAGCUGCACCUGGACUGCAACGACCACCUGUACAUCUACGACGGCGCGCACGCAGUGGGCACUGCCAAGUGGGAUCUCUCCUGCCGCGACACCCGCGAGCUGGUGGGGCCCAUCCACACACGGACCAACCACGUGACGCUCAAGUACGUCACGGACAACUGGGGCACGGAGCGCUGCGGAUUCCACCUCAUCAUCACCGCCGUCAAGGACCCCCAAACGACGUGCAAUGACUUCAAAUGCAAGACCAGGGAGUUCUGCAUCCACACGGACCUGGUGUGCGACGGCGUGAACCACUGCGCCGACGGCAGCGACGAGACCGCCAGCGAAAAGUGCGGCCGCGGCGAGAUGGGGCUGGUCAUGGGCGUGUCCGUGACCCACCUCGUGGUGGCGUGCGUGUCGGCCCUGCUCAUCCUGGGGCUGGCCGUCGUCGGCGUCGUGGUCUGCGUCUACCGACAGGGGCCAUCCGCCCCCGCCGCGCCGCCCUUCCAAGCAGUGCACCACGGCGGGCUGAAUGGCGCGGGGCACACGGGUGCCGGGCUGAACCACGGCCCCGGGACGACGACUCUGACGCGGGGGCCGCUGGGUCCCCCUUUGGGGCCGUCGCUGGGCAACCCGCCACAUACCCUGUCGUUGAUGCAGCCGGGAAACUGGUUAUGCCCUGUGGGAACACAGCUCGGGUACAGCGGGGUGUGGGCCCGCCUCUACUGCUGCCUGGCAAAGUGAGGAGCGAUGGCUCAGACAGCGAUAUCUCCUCCAGCCAAAAAGACGAAUGGUUUGUUUAGAGGCAGGCCCUGCCGAGUGUCUUGCAGGGUGAAGUCCGUGCCGGGGGUGGUACCCAACCCCAGCCGGCAGUGCAACUAGCUCGGGUAGUUGCAACCAACACCAAGGGGCGUUUUGAAGGCCAAGACGUCGAGGACAUCCACCAAGUCGAGGACGUCGAGGACGUCGAGGCCGCGCCCCGGCCGCCUCCCUGCGCCCAUCCAGGCAGAGAGUGCGGCGAGCGCCAACACGCUCAGAAAACAUGAAAAAUUGUGCACCUUCACGUGUCCGACAUAGACAGACGCACAUGUGUGAGGGAGAGAACAACGAAACGACAAUACUUAUACAGGGAGCUUCUGAAGAGACGGAGCGUACUGAGAAGCGAGAGCCCUAAAUAGUACAAUUUUAGAUAAUAUGUAUGGACGCGUUGUGUCUAGGCACGAACCAGUGCAGCACAAGGAAGAAGUUCUGUGAGAGAAAAAAAAAGGUUUAAAACAAGUUGAACGAUUGCGUAAUAUUAUGGAUAGUUUAUAGCUGUUUACCAUUUUUUGUUACCAUGCAGAAGUUUUAGUCAUGUGUAAAUAUGAAGAAGCGCUUCAGGUGCGUGCAGAUGUGAACAGACUCACCCAGUGUUCAACAAACUUUGCGUUCAAAACGCGUUCCUCUUUUUAUUUACCAUGAUUGUUUUCUGGGGUACUGCGGAUACCGAGUCAUAAUAAAUCGACGCAGGCUGCGCCAUUUUAAAUUGAGUUAGGUUAUGUAAUGGCAGAGACGUAAACUUUCAGUGACUCUAAGGGUAGGUAUCGUGACGUUGCCUGUCCUCUUCGGGAUUUACUUCUGUUGAUUCACCUACGGGAAAAAUCCUUUUGAAUUCAGUCUGGAACACUCGGUGAGUCUGUUCAAAUAUUACAAAAGAGAAGUGUUGGAUACUGAUUGAUUAUUUAUCCGUACACACAUAACGUGUGCCGUUUGAAAAACACAGAUGGACCCCUCAAUGGUUGCCUUGACUGUGUUCCUUGUGCUCAAAAUGGCGCAGACACUGGUUGAGUAACAAUUGCAUAGUCCAUCCUCGUGUGGCUUUUUAAAUUUUAACUUUCGUCAGACCUCAAAAGGUAUCGGCUUUGUGCUGGCAUGGUCAGAAUGUGAUACAAAGCAUGAGUGAAAACAUAUCCAGGUGUUGUUGGUGUUGGUGUUGUGUGGUCCACAACAAUCGGGUAAAGGAUUCUUGCCUAAAGACACGAGCACUUUUUGGCGAUCUCGGAGUGUCGGGGGAACCAGACGCAAAUAUCAGCCGAGAAGUUAAAAAGCUCUCAGCAUUUUUAUUUGUUUUGCAUAUCAUAUUUAUUCCUUGUAGUGCGUCAAAACCAUUUUAUAACAAUAUCAUUGUAGCAACUCUCUGAAUGGCAGUUGGUACUUCAUUUUACGAUUAUCAAUUAUACCGUGUGAUAUUUUGUUCGGUCAUUUAUCAAAUGUCGACUUUUAUUUAAAAUUUUAGCCAUAUCCGUUUUGAAUUUGUUCAAAAGUAAAUUACUCAUAUCAUGCUUAUUGGCAAUUGUGAUGACUCCUCUAUGAUUUCAUAUCCCCAGUCUUUGACAAUUGUCACGACAGUCUGUAAAAAACACUUAUAUCAUGCUGUAGUAGAUCGUAUAUCAAGCUUUUAUCCAAUUUGGUGGUUUUACCAAUGCAAUCACGAUACGCAUUCAACGAGUGAUUAAAAAAUAACUUAUCUGCGUGAAUCAAGCUCUUCACCUCUUUGAACUGGGGUAAUUUUUUAGCUCGGGAAGGGCUUUGAAACAUUUAACGAGUAUGAGUGGUGAUGCAAAUUGCACUGCACUAUGUUGUGCCAAAUCGGUCAAAAUCGGGGAAAUAUGAGUUACGAACUAUCCCGUUCUUGACCGUGUGUCCUGUCAAAUCUACGUCACAUUUUCUAAAAAAAAAUGAAAAGAAAAAAUUUUCACCGUAAAGCCCCUUUCGUAGACACUUGAAAGACAGUUACUUCGCAAAUUGUACAUUGCCUAACUUGUAGCUACUUGUGGUAUUUGCUACGAUUUUCUUUCAAAGGCCCGCGAUCGGUCGUUCUUUUUUUGUUCGCUGCUUCACGAAAGGGGUCAUUUCAUAUUUUUGUUUUUUGUUUCUUUUUAACCCUAUUGAAAAUCACGGACAAAGCGGCUUUCUUGUCCUGAUCGAGUUUUUGGUGUAAACGUGACUUCAGUAUGAAUGACGACUAAUUUUUCUGUUUUGAAUGGCUGUGGAUUUUUGCAGAAAACGAAUAGGUUACACGGCAUGAGGUGGAUUAUAACGCAAAGUCACAUUAAAAUUGCUCUUUGAUCUUC